AUGAGUGGAUAUUCACGAGUACCUGAAAGUGAUGACGUUCAGGUUGUUGAACUCCAAGUUCCGUCUUCAACUGCCGAAUCCUCUGCAUCACGUUCUCCAAGUCCUGCUUAUUCUACACACACUGCUAAUAACAAUGACAUAAUAGAAUCAGAACCCAUUCUCGAAAAUUCGAAAGACACUGAUUCGACAGAUAAUGAACCAGAAAAUAAUGGUAACAUUAGAUUUCCUAUAUUGGGCUCGAUAAAGAAACAAACUGCACCAGCAGCUUUGCCUGUCGUCACUGACGGAGUGUUCUCCAAUUUGUCGGCUAAGCCCGAUAAGGAAACUAGUAAAGAAGAGGAGAACCCACCAUCAUACGAAAUUGCUGCGGCCGAUGCUACACCUCCGUACUGGGAAACGACUGUCAUUGCACCUGGGUUAUGCGGGGAUGAAAUUCUCGUAGAAGGUUUACCUAAUGGCUCCCGAGCUGGUCUGGGCAUCACAUUGGUACAAUAUGGUUUUUAUCUUCGCGGUAGGUCAUUUCAGGAUGAUGGUGUGUAUUAUAAUUAUGAGGAUGACUUAAGUGAUAAAGAAUUAGCACGCAGAGCAUGGUUAAGAGUUAAAAGAAUCGAAACAAUUAUGCGUACUACUCCAGAAGAAAGUGUAUAA